UUUCACGACUCGACGGUGGUGAUGAUGCAACGUGGAGCUCUGUUCAGCUGCUGAAUCCAGGGUGAUGAUAUAGGCGCGCGACCGAGUGAUACAUGAGUGAAGGGAUCGUUGGUUCCCUCCUCCUUAUAUACCCCUUACGUGCGCUCCGUGCCAGGACUUUGGACUGCUAUACAAGCAACUGGGAAGUUAUGCUGAAUUCAGUCAGCUAAAUUAUUGGAUAUUAUCACAACUUUAUUUGGCUCACCUAAUCCUAUGGGAUGUUGCCACUUCCGAACCUGAACACACUACUCUAUGUCUGUCUUGCCUGCCUCUUUCUCGUGGUGCUGGACGCCAGUCCGGUGAGAACCCUCACCAAGCAGGACGUGGAGGCACGAAUACUGGAUGCAAUCACAAAAGAUUUCCAAAGAAAUCUAGCAAACUACGAAACAGACUAUUCUAAGCCAUUCCGACAUAUAUGGAAAGACAGUGAUAACGAAGAAAUGUCUAAACAUCGUGUUAAGAGAAUAGGUAUCGCUGGACACGAGAACAUGGACAGAAUGAUGAAUACACUUGGUAAUAGACCUUCCCUGUCCAUAUCUGGAAACAUGGGGAACAUACAAAGUAUGAUGAACCGCAUGAUGGAGAAGAUGAGGCCGAACGGCUAAUCUUACCGCCAGAUGACGCCACCGUCGAACCGGAACAACUUUCAGAUUCAGUUUUACUUCCGUUUUGUUCGGCAAUCUCUGGAGGUCGCCAACUCUGAAGCCCCUCCCUACUGCGGCUAACAGAAUCAAUUCAUCAAACUGUUUUCCAUUAUUUGGAUUUACGACGUUAAGACUAUAAACGUGAAGGAAUUUGGUUACACUUUUAGUACAAUCUUUUGCAACAACUUGCAAUUUAAAUUACAUUGAAAUAUAUCAAAAAAAAAUCGUAUGCAGAACAUCCGAUCUAAAACAUAGUAUUUAUCUAUUUAUCAAUCGUCUAGCAACGUGUUCAACGAAAAAUGUCACCCCUUUCCAAGAAAAAAAUCUUUUACAGUUUGUAUCUAGAUUUCUUACAUAUUGAUGUUUGUUUUGUUGUUCUACGUUUUCCCAUCUCAGUUAUAAACAGUUUUGUGACGAUAUUUGUAUUACGUCUCUGAAGUACAUUAUACAUAACCUAUUCAUUUUCUUUCAUAUUUCGACACAUGUGUACUACCAUAACUUAAGCUGAGAUUAAAAUAAAUAGCUAACAAAAAUUAGAAAAAUUAAUUAAUUACAAAUGAAACAAAAGUUUAGCAAGUCAAAUUAUUUUAAAACAAAUAUAAAUUCGUAAUCUAUACAGAAACAUUUAUAUUCUUUGAUUGUUACAUUUGUAACAAGCACUAUUUUUAUUUAUCUUGUUGAGAAAAGGUUGUCUCCCUUUAUUGUAAGUUAACAAGUUUGACGUCAGACAUUUAUAAACGCCCUAAAAUGUUAACUUGUUGUUGAACUAUCAACCAUUCCUUGGUCAUUGUCACGGUGGAAAUAAAGUACAAAACGAA